AUGAUCGUGCGCUGGCUCUUGAUUUCUGCCAUCCUCUCAUGUCUCCCGUCGGCAGAACGCGUUGCGGAGCAGCUCUUUCUGCACGAAGUCGACAGCUUCCUGACUCGCCGUCACGGUGCUAGGGAGUCCGAGCAGGAGAAGCAGAGCAAAGCAUCGCUUGUCGCUCAUGGGAUACAGGAGACGGCGGAUGGAGCCCGAACAGAUGUAAAGGUUGGCCUUCCAAAGUGUUCCGACGGCCUCCUGCACCUCGACGGACGCUACGAGGUGAAGGAGGAGGUCUUCGUGCAGGGGCCCUCAUGCCGAGUGACAGGGAGCGCAGAGCUGGUGCUCUCCGCGCCGGUGCGCUUCCAGGGCAGCGCCGUCUUCGCAGGGCAGCUGAGCGUAAAGGCCGUCGACGCCCUGAGCAGCCCCUGCGUCGCCGUGAAGGGCAACCUCACCUUGGAGCGCAAUGCACGCCUCAGUCUGGCGGGCUGCAAGAAUCAGAAUCAGAAAGGCCAAGGAGGUUGUCUCCGCGUGGACAGCGCCGCCGAACUUCGUGGCCAUUUGCUUCUACGUGGUUGCGAAGUGGGGCCUGAUCAUCACGGUGAGGGAGGCGGCAUCCAUGUCGGAGGUUCCAUGCGACAUUGGGAUACGACCAUCAUCGACGCAGCGGGAUGCCGUGCGGGUUUCGGAGGUGCCAUCUGGGCCGCGGAGAUGGUCUUCUCCGGUGGCAACCUGAGCAUCACGCAGUCGAAGGCUCAACACGAUGGAGGUGCCAUUUGGGUGGGGGAAAUGCUGAUGUCCGGUGGCGACCUGAGCAUCGUGGACUCCAAGACUGUCGAAGAGAAUGGAGGUGCCAUCUGGGUGGUGCAGAUGAUCAUGUCCGGUGGCAACCUGACCAUCCAAGAUUCUGAGGCUGUUCGAAAGGAUGGAGGUGGGAUCUUCGUGGCGGAUCGCAUGGUGGCCUCCGGCGGUAACCUGACAAUACAGGACUCUUUGGCUUGUGAGAACGGAGGUGCUAUCCACGCUCCGAAGGUGAACGUAUCUGGUGGAGUCGUGACCAUCAUCGAGUCUCGUCUUAAAUGUGGAGACCAGGCGUCCAGCGCCGGAGGCUGCGUCUAUGCGGCUCAGAGCUUCGCGCAGUCCGGGGGCGUCGUUCGCCUCCAGGGCUGCGAAGCCAGCAGAGGAGGUGGUAUCUUCUCGCAGAACAUCACGAUUGGGGAGAUCGCCACGCUGAGCAUCAGCGACUCCAAGGCAGAAAAAGGUGGCGGCAUCUUCGCAACUUGGAUCACCAACAAGGCGGAGCAGCUCUACGUGUCCAGAAGCAGAGCUGAGAUUUUCGGUGGCUGCUUCUACGUGGCCGGAGUGGGUAGGUUUGCUGGGACGCUCCUGUUGACGGAGUGUGAAGCCGAUGCGACGGGCGGUGGCAUUUACGCACAAAUCGAGCUCGUGGCGCAGGAAAUUCGCUGCAGCCGCUGCAAAGCCCCGACUUCAGGGUGCCUAGAGCUCGCUUACGGCCAUGCAAGGCUCGGCAACGUGACAGUUGCCACCGGUUCGAGGCUUCAGUCAGCGUCUUCAGUUCUUGGUUCCCGGGCCAAUGCGAGCAUCACCGUUGGCGCAGUCGACUGCCGCGAUGCACCCGGCUGCACGCUGUCUGUCGAGCACCUGAAUCUUACGCGGCUCCUGUGUCCGCAAGGGGAGAGCCGACAACCGCUGGCAGACGGCGGCGAGGAGUGCAAGGAAUGCCCGGCAGACGAGAUCCGCCUCCUAGCGCCGGAGGAGGAUGCGCGGUGCACCGCAUGUCCCAACAUGGGCAACCUCACCAUUGACUGCACGCCAACUGAGCUGAAGCUCCCGCCCGGAUACAUGGUGGACUUCGAUCAUACUGUGGCCAACGAUCUCUCCGGCUGGUACCGGUGCCCCAACGAGAUGGCCUGCCGCGGCGGACACUUCAAUGCCAGCAGCAUCCCUGGCGAGCCGGUGCAGGAGCUGGUUCCGAUGUGCGAAGAGGGCUACCGCGGUCCCGGGUGCACGAGCUGCAUUGAAGGCUACGCACGUGCAGAUGCGGACAUUCUGCGGUGCAUCCGCUGCGCCACUUGGACCGGCGCACCCAAGAAGGUGGUGUGGUACGUCGGCUUCUUCCUCUUGAAGAACCUGGCCCUCUUCGCCUCGGCGGUGGUGAGUGUGGAGGGCAGCAAGGGCCAGAGAGCCACCAGUGCCACGCUGCUGAACCAGGCGAUGUCCUUUGCGGCCGUAGCCGGCGUCACCAUGUCGGGCGCCAUGCAGACCGCCACCUUCAAGAACGAUCUCGACAAUGCAGCACAGGUGGCCCUGCAAAUGCUGGCUCUACCGGCAUCCGUCGCACAGGGGCAAGGCUCCCGCGAUGCCGGCAGCAUGUCCGGACAGUGCCUGCUGCAGCUGCUUCACACGGACAGCGGCAUCCACUACGUGCACGCAUUGAUGUCCCUGUGGCCAGCCAUGCUUGUGGCAGGCCUUGCCGUGAUGAAGGGCGGCUGGCUCGCAGCCGUGGUUGGAAGCAACGUCUUCUUGCCAGCCUUCAUCGCCGGAUUCGGAAAGUACCUCGUGUAUUUUCGGCUGCGGCCUGAAUCUGACGAGGACCAGGCCCUCAGCGCGCUGCACUUGGACUUCCUUCCCCCCGGACCGCAGAUGACUUCCCACGUUCUGCUGCGGAUCGCGGCAGUGCUGAGCGCCAUCGUUGGUUUCUCGGCGCUGAGCGUGUGCAGCUGGAUCUACGCCGUCAGAACCCGAUCGCCGAAGGAGCCACGGCCUCAUGUGGCCUAUCUGAUGCAGGCUUAUCGUCCAGAGUGUGCCAUUUGGGAGGUCGAGCGGCUGCUGCGUAAGGUGCUCCUUGCGAUGAUCGCCGCCCUGCUGCCGGUCACCCUGGCUCCGGCCCUCCAGAUGGAAGCCGUGACCUUGGUGCUCAUCGCAUCCCUGGUGGCGCAUCUGUACUUUUGGCCCUACAAGGAAGAUGCUUGGAACCGAGCAGAGAUCGGGCUGCUGAUCGUGAGCCUCACCAUCACCGGGCUGACCACCUGCAUCAUCGCCAUCGACCGGCAUUGGGCGAAGUCUACCUGGCUGCAGCGAGCUCUGGUCUUCCUUAUCUGCUCCAUUGCCGGAGACACCUGGUUAAUAUGCGGCAGCUUCACCGAAGCUGAGGGAAUCUGCAUCGUCAUGCUGCUCGCCUUCUCCCUGGCCUACGUGGAGGAGCGGCGCCAGAGGGCCGAGGCAAAGAAAGCGGAGCGGCUCUUGAGCGAGCCCCUCGGCCACGGCCACAUGGCCGUGCGCUGGCUCUUGAGCACCGCCAUCUCCUUUCAUCUCCUGUCGGCGGAACGCCUCGCCGAACAGCAGCUGCUGGUGGAGGAAGCCGAUAGCUUCCUGACUCGACGUCAUGCUGCCACGGAGCCUGAGCAGCAGGAGACGGGCAAUGGGACUCGAACGGAUGUCAAGGUUCUCCCAAAGUGUUCGGACGGACUCCUGCACCUCGACGGACGCUACGAGGUGCAAAAGGGUGAGGCGGUCCUCCUGGAAGGGCCCUCGUGCCGGGUGACCGGGAGAGCCGAGCUACUCCUCGCAGAGCCCUUGCACUUUUUGGGCAGCGCCGUCUUUGCAGGGCAGCUGAGCGUAAGGGGCGGCAAUAUGAGGGGCGCCUGCAUCUCCGUCAAUGGCGACCUCACCUUGGAACCAGAAGCGCGCCUCAGCAUUGAGCGCUGCAAAAGCUUCGACUCACUUCAUGGAGGUGGCAUCCACGUGGUCGGCGAUGCCGAACUUCUGGGCGGGCAAUUGUUUCUUCGAAACUGCGAAGUGCAUACAGGUCAUUCUGGAGUUGGGGGUGGCAUGAACGUCCAAGGUGCGAUGCGAAGUCGGAAUGCGACAAUCGAUGCUGCAGGAUGUUUUUCGACAAACCGAGGCGGCAGCAUCGGGGCAGGGAACAUGACUGUCUCCGGUGGCAGCGUGAUCAUCAAAGAGUCUGUAUCUUUGGAUGGAGGAGCCAUCUCUGUUUUGGACACCAUGGCCAUGAACGGUGGUAACCUCUUUAUGGUGGAUGUGGCAGCACAAGAUCGUGGAGGCGCCAUACAAGCAAGAGCCAUGAUUGUCUCCGGUGGCAACGUGGUCAUCAAGAAGUCUGAGGCUGGGGUGGAGAUUGAAGGUGAAUCGGGCCGUGGAGGUGGCAUCCACGCUGCCACUUUCAAGCAGUCCGGCGGCGCCGUUAGCCUUCAGGGCUGCAAAGCCACGCGACAAGGAGGUGGCAUUUUCUCGACGAACAUCACGAUUGAGGAGUCGGCCACGCUGAGCAUCCGCGACUCCACGGCAAGUCGAGGUGGAGGCAUCUUCGCAAACUGGGUCACCAACAAGGCCAAGCAGCUGAAUGUAUCCAACUGCUCAGCCGAGCAUCGCGGUGGCUGCUUCUACCUCGAAGGCGGGGGCGAGUUCGCUGCCCCGCUGCUUUUGCGGGAUUGUGAGGCCGGUGGUAUGGGCGGGGCCAUUUUCGCUCAGGGGAUGCUCGUGACACAGCAGAUCCACUGCAGCCGCUGCACGGCUCCCAUAGCUGGAUACCUCCACUUCGACCAUGGCCGGGCAAGAAUGGGAGAUGUAAUGCUAGACGGCGGCUCAAGACUCCUUUCAGCGUCUCCCAUUGCUGCCGCCGGAGCUAAUGCAAACGUCACGCUUGGCAGAGUGGACUGCCGCGAAGUGCCCGGCUGCACGCUGGCUGUCGAGCAUCUGAAUCUUGCAAGUCUCCUGUGUCAGCGAGGGGAGAGCCGUCAACUCCUGGCAGACGGCACGGGCGAGGAGUGCCGUGCAUGUCCAGCAGGUGAGAUUCGCCUCGUCACGCCGGAGGAGGAUGCGCGGUGCACCUCAUGCCCCAAAAUUGGCAACCUCACUAUUGCCUGCACAGCCACGGAGCUGCAGCUGCCGCCCGGCUACAUGGUGGACUUCGAUCGCACCUCGGCUACCGAUCUCUCCGGCUGGUACCGGUGCCCCAACGAGAUGGCCUGCCGUGGUGGCCACUUCAAUGCCAGCAGCGUCCCUGGCGAGCCGGCACAGGAGCUGGCUCCAAUGUGCGAAGAGGGCUACCGUGGCCCUGGGUGCACGAGCUGCACUGAAGGCUACGCACGUGCAGAUGCGGACAUUCUGCGGUGCAUCCGCUGCGCCACUUGGACCAGCGCACCCAAGAAGGUGGUGUGGUAUGUCGGCUUCUUCCUUUUGAAGAACUUGGCCCUCUUCGCCUCGGCGGUGAUGAGUGUGGACGAGGGCAGCAAGGGCCAGAGAGCCACCAGUGCGACGCUGCUGAACCAGGCGAUGUCCUUCGCGGCCGUGGCCGGUAUCACCAUGUCCGGCGCCAUGCAGACGAGCACCUUCAAGAACGAUCUCAGCAGUGCAGCGCAGGUGGCCCUGCAAAUGCUUUCCCUGCCGGCAUCAGCCGCCCAAGGGCAAGGCUCCGACGCCGGCAGCGGUGACAUGUCGGGGCAGUGCUUGCUUCAGCUACUUACCAUGGACAGCAGCAUCCACUACGUCCACGCGUUAAUGUCCCUCUGGCCUGCGCUGCUUGUGGCAUGCCUUGCCGUGAUGAAGGGCGGCUGGCUCGCAGCUGUGGUUGGAAGCAACGUCUUCCUGCCGGCCUUCAUCGCCGGAUUCGGAAAGUACCUCGUGGCUUUCCGGCUGCGGCCCGAAUCUGAAGAGGACCGAGCCCUUGGGGCGCUGCACUUGGACUUCCUGCCCCCUGGACCGCAGAUGACGUCCCACGUUCCGCUGCGGGUCGCCGCAGUGCUCGGCGCCAUCCUCGGUUUCUCGGCGCUGAGCGUGUGCAGCUGGAUCUACGCCGUUUUAACCCGAUCGCCGGAGGAGCCGAGGCCGCACGUGGCCUACCUAAUGCAGGCAUACCGGCCCGAGUGCGCCAUUUGGGAGGUGGAGCGGCUGAUGCGCAAGGUGCUCUUGGCCUUAAUUGCUGCCAUCCUGCCUGUCACCUUGUCUCCUGCCCUUCAGAUGGAAGCGGUGACUUUGGUGCUCAUCACAUCCCUGGUAGCGCAUCUCUACUUCUGGCCCUACCAGGCAGCUGCCUGGAACCGGGCAGAGAUCGGGCUGCUGAUCGUGGGCGUCACGAUCACCGGGCUGACCACCUGCCUCAUCGCCAACGACCUGCACUGGGCGAAGUCGACGUUGACUCAGCGCGCCCUGGUGUUCCUGAUCUGCUCCGUUGCCGGAGGAAUCUGCAUCUUCAUGCUGCUCGCCUUCUCCGUGGCUUACAUGGAGGAACGGCGCCAAAGGACCGAAGCCCAGAAGGCGGAGGAAGCGUGCCUCGCAGACCAGCUGGAUCCCGACAGCUUCCUGACUCGCCGUCACAGUGCCAAGCAGGAGGCAGGGCCCGCAGCCUAUGGAGCUCAGGAGACGUCGGAUGGGACCCCAACGGAUGUCAAGGUCCUCCUCCCAAAGUGUUCCGACGGUGUCCUGCACCUCGACGGACGCUACGAGGUGGGGAAGGAGGCGGUCGUGCUCGUGGAGGAGCCCUCAUGCAGGGUAACAGGAAGUGCCGAGCUGCUCCUCUCGGCGCCCCUGCGCUUCCAGGGAAACGCGAUCUUCGGAGGGCGGCUGAGCGUUCGGGCCGCCGGUGACGGUCAGAUGAACGGCGCAUGCAUCGCCGUAGAACGCAACCUCACCUUGGAGCCCAACGCACACCUGAGCCUGGCGGGCUGCAAGAACCAGGCUACGAAGGGGAACGAACUCUACGGAGGCUGCCUGCGCGUGGGCGGCGAUGCCGAACUUCUUGGUGGCGAGUUGCUUCUUCGUCAAUGCAGAGCACCUGCUACUACCUUUGCCUGGGGAGGCGGCAUGCACGUGGGAGGUGCGCUGCAAAACUGGAAUGCGACCAUCGAUGCAGCAGGAUGUGGCGCGCGCUAUGGAGGCGCAAUCUCGGCACAGAAGCAAGUGGCCAUCUCCGGUGGCAAUGUGAUCAUCAAGCAGUGUCAGGCUGAUGCACAAGGAGGCGCCAUCUAUGCAAGAAUCUUGACAGUCUCCGGUGGCAGCCUUACCAUCGAUAAUUCUUCGGUUCGGAAGGAUGGAGGCGCGAUUCGUGCAGUUCGCAUGGACAUCUCCGGGGGUAACCUGACCAUCACGGCGGCCUGGGCUGACGAGAAUGGAGGCUGCAUCUCGACCAGCGAUUUCAAGCAGUCCAGGGGCGACGUGAACCUUCAGGGCUGCAAAGCCAGGCGCGAAGGAGGUGGCAUUUUCUCGACGAACAUCACGAUUGAGGAGUCGGCCACACUGAGCAUCCGCGACUCCGCGGCAGAACGAGGUGGAGGCUUCUUCGCAAGAAACUGGGUCACCAACAAGGCCAAGCAGCUGAAUGUGUCCAACUGCGCGGCCGAGAGUCACGGCGGCUGCUUCCACCUGGGCACCGGCGAGUUCGCUGCCCCGCUGCUUUUGAGGAAGUGCAAGGCCAGAGGCGCGGGCGGCGCCAUCUAUGCCGAAGGGAGGCUCGUGGCGGAGCAGAUCCGCUGCAGCCACUGCAAUGCGCCGACUUCGGGCUGCUUUCACGUCGAAUCUGGCCGGGCAAAGGUUGGCAACCUGGCACUUGACAGCGGCUCGAGACUCCUCUCGGCAUCUUCUCUUGUUGGUGCUGGAGCCAACGCCGGCGUGACACUUGGCAGAGUCGACUGCCAGGAAGCGCCUGGCUGCACACUGGCUGUCGAGCAGCUUCGGCUGGCACAGCUCCUGUGUCGGCGAGGGGAGAGCCGUCGUUCCCUGGCAGAGGGCGAGGGCCAGGAGUGCAAGGAGUGUCCAGCAGGUGAGAUCCGCCUCGUCACGACGGACCAGGAUGCGCGUUGUACCUCAUGCCCCGAGAUGGGAGAUGUCACCAUCACUUGCACAUCAACGGAGCUGAAGCUGCCGCCCGGCUACAUGGUGGACUUCGAUCGCACCUUGGCCAACGAUCUCUCCGGCUGGUACCGCUGCCCCAACGAGAUGGCCUGCCGCGGCGGGCACUUCAAUGCCAGCGCCAUCCCUGACGAGCCGGCACAGGAGCUGCUUCCCAUGUGCGAAGAAGGCUAUCGUGGACCCGGGUGCACGAGCUGCAUUGAAGGCUACACACGUGCAGAUGCGGACAUUCUGCGGUGCAUCCGCUGCGCCACCUGGACCACUGCACCCAAGAAGGUGGUCUGGUAUGUCGGCUUCUUCCUCUUGAAGAACCUGGCCCUCUUCGCCUCCGCGGUGGUGAGUGUGGAGGGCAGCAAGGGCCAGAGAGCCACCAGUGCCACGCUGCUGAACCAGGCGAUGUCCUUUGCGGCCGUAGCCGGCGUCACCAUGUCCGGUGCCAUACAGACAGGCACCUUCAGGAACGAUCUCGACAACGCAGCGCAGGUUGCCCUGCAAAUGCUGGCACUGCCGGCAUCUGUCGCUCAAGGGCAAGGCUUCUUCAGCGACGCCAGCAGCUUCAGCAUGUCGGGGCAGUGCUUGCUUCAGCUACUUACCAUGGACAGCAGCAUCCACUACGUCCACGUGCUGAUGUCCCUCUGGCCUGCGCUGCUUGUGGCAGGCCUUGCCGUGAUGAAGGGCGGCUGGCUCGCAGCUGUGGUUGGAAGCAACGUCUUCCUGCCGGCCUUCAUCGCCGGAUUCGGCAAGUACCUCGUGGCUUUCCGGCUGCGGCCCGAAUCUGAAGAGGACCGAGCCCUUGGGGCGCUGCACUUGGACUUCCUGCCCCCUGGACCGCAGAUGACGUCCCACGUUCCGCUGCGGGUCGCCGCAGUGCUCGGCGCCAUCCUCGGUUUCUCGGCGCUGAGCGUGUGCAGCUGGAUCUACGCCGUGAGAACUCGAUCGCCAGAGGCGCCACGGCCGCAUGUGGCUUAUCUGAUCCAAGCAUACCGGACGGAGUGCGCCAUCUGGGAGGUGGAGCGGCUGAUGCGCAAGGUUCUCCUGGCCCUGGUUGCCGCCACCUUGCCAGUCACCUUGUCUCCUGCAGCCUCCUCCUUCAGAACCCAAGGCCCUUCAGAUGGAAGCCGUGACUUUGGUUCUCAUCGCAUCACUGGUGGCGCACCUCUACUUCCGGCCUUACCAGGAAGACGCUUGGAAUCAAGCAGAGAUCGGGCUGCUGAUCGUGAGCCUCACGAUCACCGGCCUGACUACUUGCCUCAUCGCCAACGACCUGCACUGGGCGAAGUCGACGUUGACUCAGCGCGCCCUGGUCUUCUUGAUCUGCUCCAUUGCAGGAGGAAUCUGCAUCGUCAUGCUGCUCGCCUUCUCCCUGGCCUACGUGGAGGAGCGGCGCCAGAGGGCCGAGGCAAAGAAAGCGGAGGAAGCGUGAGCCGCAACAGGCCAGCCACUAGCACUGUGCAGCGAUUCGCACAACGAAGAGAGGCGAAGGUGAACGGAGGCCGGGCUGGUGCUUUGACGAGGGAGCGCAAGCAUGCCUUUGAACCACGGUGGGGCAGUGCGUGA